CAGCAGAGGAGAGGCAUAUCUUCCAGCUCGUGGGCAUCGCACCUCACCUCGCCAUGGACAGCAGGAGUAGGAGAGCGCGUGGAAUUUUGGCUCAAGUGGCUCUGAUACUUUUCAGUGCAUCUGGGACGACAGGAGCAGAGGCGUGUCACAGCUCUCUGAUUUCCAAUCUGCCUCCCUCGUCGUUCAGAAGCUCCUCACAGCUCUCCAGCAGCCACAGUCCUGGUUUCGCCAAGUUGAACCGGAGAGACGGAGCUGGGGGUUGGUCACCUCUGACCUCGGAUGGUUACCAGUGGUUGGAGGUCGACCUGGGUGAACGUAGGAAAAUCACUGCUAUCGCCACACAGGGUCGCUAUGGCAGCUCUGACUGGCAGACAGCAUACCAGUUAAUGCUGAGCGACGUCGGACACAACUGGAAACAAUAUCGACACGAGGACAGCAUCGGGGUGUUUCCAGGGAACACGAAUGCGGACAGUGUCGUUCUGCACAAUCUCCGCCAUCCGGUGAUCGCUCGCUAUGUCAGGCUUAUCCCCCUGGACUGGAAUGCUAAUGGACGAAUCGGACUUCGCAUGGAAGCAUACGGAUGUUCUUACAACUCUGAUGUGGUGAGCUUCGAUGGGCGUAGCGGGCUUUUGUACGACAUCAGUUCCAGUAUGAGGCAGAUGGACCGGAGAAGCAUCUCCUUCAACUUUAAAACCUUCAGGAAUUCUGGGAUUCUCCUUCACGCUACACACAGAAGCCAGAGGAGCCUGGUGCUGGAGUUAGAGGGAGGGAAGCUCCACCUUAUCCUUCAGAAAGACAGCUCAUCUCCAGAGAGCCAGCACCGUGUGACCCUGGGCAGCCUGCUCGAUGACCAACACUGGCAUCACGUCGCCGUGGAGCAUCACGCUACUCACCUCAAUUUCUCUGUGGACAAAAGCAUACUGUGGGUGCAGGUCGCACCAAAAGUCCCACACUGGGAGUACGACAAGAUGAGUGUAGGAGUGGACCAAGACCUCAGAUUUCAGAAGAAAAACUUGUAUGGGUGUUUGGAAAAUCUUGUUUACAACGGUCUGAACCUAGUGGACUUUGUGAAACAGAGAGACCAGCGUGUUGCCGUGAAGGGAAAUGUGAGCUUUUCCUGCAGCGAGCCUGUGUUGGUUGCCAUGACGUUCAAUGGUCCCCAGAGCUUCUUGUGGUUGCCAGCAGCAAAAGAAAAGCCAACUUCGGGCUUCUCUGCGCGGCUUCAGUUUCGGACUUGGAACAAAGCUGGGCUGCUGCUGAGCUUUCAAAUGUGGGAUGAUGGAGGAACGGUGUGGCUGUUUCUGAACGAGACUUCGCUUCAUCUGCAGACCCAGAAGAGCGGCCACACACUGCUGGAGCUCACUUUGGGUUCGGCUCUGAAUGACGGCCAGUGGCACUCUGUGGAAUUGAGCAGCGGUCGAGGACGCUGGAUUCUGAGGCUGGACGAGGAGGAGGAAGCCCACAGUAACUCCCCAGGGUUAGUCAGAGCACAGGGACGACUGUAUUUUGGAGGUUGUCCUCCAGAACAAAACCAGGAGUGUGAAAAUCCCUUCAAGACCUUCCAGGGCUGCAUGCGUCUGCUGAAGGUGGACGACCAGCUGGUGGACUUGAUCAAGGUGCAGCAAAGGCUGCUGGGAAACUACAGCCAGCUGCAGAUUGACAUGUGUGGCUUCAUUGACCGAUGUUCCCCGAGUCACUGUGAACACGGCGGCACCUGCAGUCAGUCAUGGAGCGACUUCUACUGCAACUGCUCCAACAGCGGCUACAGCGGCGCAACGUGCCACAGCGCCAUAUUUGAGCAGUCCUGCGAGGCAUACAAACACAGAGGAAACAGGUCGGGGUAUUAUUACAUUGACGUGGAUGGCAGUGGACCCAUCAGCCCACAGCUCCUCUACUGCAACAUGACAGAGGACAAAACGUGGAUUGUGAUCCGCCACAAUAACACAGCGUUGACCACGGUUCCGUCAUCGAUGAGCAGAACACAAUUUUCUGCUCACUUUCAAUACGAGUCCAACGAGGAGCUGCUGGAGGCCGUCAUCAGCCGCUCGGAACACUGCGAACAGGAACUGGCUUACCACUGCUGGAAGUCCCGCCUCUUCAAAACGCAAGACGGUUUGUCCACCAGCUGGUGGGUCGGAGGUCCGGGAAGAGGACGCAAACAGGCACAUUGGGCCGGUGCACCACCUGGCAACCAACAGUGUGCUUGUGGCGUCCAGAAGAACUGCGUUGACCCGAAACGUCCAUGCAACUGUGAUGCUGAUCACGAUGAGUGGACAGAUGACUCAGGUCUGCUGACUCAUAAGGAGAUCCUCCCAGUUCGGUCACUGGUGCUGAGUAAUGUCCAGAGGCCUGACUCAGAAAGAGCUUUCAGGGUGGGACCCCUUCGUUGCCAUGGAGACAAGAAUCUGUGGAAUGCUGCUUUUUUUGAUAAGGAGACAUCAUAUCUGCACUUUCCCACCUUCCACGGAGAGCUGAGCGCAGACAUUUCCUUCCUGUUUAAGACCUCAUCAUCCUCUGGUAUUUUCCUCGAAAACCUUGGAAUCAAAGACUUCAUUCGGAUCGAACUCAGCUCCUCCAGUGAGGUGGUCCUCUCUUUCGACGUGGGCAACGGGCCUCUGGAGGUUCACGUGGACGCUGGCGUGCCGCUCAACGACAACCGGUGGCAUCGAAUCCAAGCAGAACGGAACGUUAAAGAGGCAUCUCUUCAGCUGGAUGACCUGCCUGCUGUGACACAGAAGGCUCCGGCGGACGGCCACAUUCACCUGCAGCUCAACAGUCAGUUGUUCAUAGGCGGCACUGCAUCCAGACAGAAAGGUUUUCGUGGUUGCAUCCGCUCUCUGAAGUUAAACGGCGUCACCCUGGACCUGGAGGAGCGGGCCAACAUCACGCCCGGGGUUCAAGCUGGGUGUCCUGGUCACUGCAGCAGCUACGGCGCUCUCUGCCAGAACCAAGGUCUGUGUGUGGAGAGAUCCACCAGCUUCUCCUGCGACUGCCGCUCCUCUGCUUACACUGGAGCUUUCUGCGACAGAGAAGUCUCUGCCACGUUCAAACCAGAAACAUCCAUAAGCUACUUAUUCAAACAGCAGAAGCUGCACAAGAACGUCAAUGGAUUCCCGUCCUCCAUCUACAGCGACGUCAACAUGAGAGGAGAAAACUUCUCGCUGAGCUUCAGGACCAGUCGGACCCCAGCUAUGCUCUUCUAUGUGGACUCUUUCAGCACAGAGUAUCUGGCUCUGCUCCUAGACAAGCAUGACAAUUUGGAGUUGUGGUACAGACUGGACGGCAGCAGGAAGGCGGAGAGACUCAGAAGCAGAGUGGCGAGCCUUGCAAACGGAGAGCUGCACAGUGUUGCUGUCAGCAGACUGGCAGAGACUGUUUACCUGCAGGUCGAUGAGAAUCCCACCGAGCACUUGAAUCUGACCUCUGAUGUAGAAUUCAACGCCUUGAAGUCGCUAGUUCUCGGCAGAUUGCCAGAAUCGAAGGAUCUGGAUCCAGACCUGGCUGGUGCUGUCUCUCUGGGCUUCAGCGGCUGCCUGUCUGCUGUCCUCUUUAACUCCAUCAGCCCUCUGAAAGCAGCGCUGCUCCACUCCAACAUCAGCCCGGUGGUUAUCAGCGGACCGCUGGCGCAGUCCACUUGUGGCUCCACUUCAAUCAAUCCCCACCCGGCUGAAACCAGAGACCACUUAUCAGGUCAGUCGGGGUCAGUGGAAGCAGGUCAGCCUUUGGUCAAGACCAUCAGGAGUGAUUCUGCUCUCAUUGGGGGACUUAUCGCAGUGGUUAUCUUCCUGAUCGCGUCGGUCUCAGUCAUAUUGGCCCGGUUUUUCUACAGAAGAAAAGGGACAUGCGAGAGCCGGGAGGUGAAAUCGCUGAACGCCGAGGAUGCCUCGGAGAAGACCAACACACACAGCACCCUGACAGAGAACCAGAGGGAAUACUUCAUUUGACUCGACAUCUUUCCUUUUCAGCGAACAAACAAAAGUCCUGAUGAUGAUUUUGGAACUGUAAAUAACACGUGGGAGGAAACCUUGUAAAUAUUAAUGAUGUAAAUGAUGAAAAACCUUUUGACUUGGAAAGAACUUUUUUUAAUUGAAACAACAUGAGCAAAGCCUCUUACGCUUUGAUUGUUACUGGACUUUGUUCUCGGACACAGUUGGCAAAGCACCUGAUCUCCCUGUUAGAAAUCUGUCCACACUUGGCGUAACAAUGUGACACGUGAAUGAAUGACUGAGUACAGUAACUCUCACGUCGUUGAUUUCAAUAAAAAAGAAGCCACUGCUGCGACAACAAGCAGUUCCACUCAGCAUCAUGUUAAAUUCAUGCAUAACUGCGCCUUCAUUCCGGGUGACAGGGCCGCUCCUGGUUGUCACUGAACUCCUACAUGGAUGCUCCAGAAUGGGAUGUGCCGAGAUGUAGCAUGUGUCAUGUGUAAACACCUACCACCUACAAUA